AUCCAAGUCUUUAACUCCCUCCCCGCAUCCAAUUCCAACCAUAGGCGGCUGUUCGGCUGGCGUUCGGAUUCCACCGCCGCACCGCCUCAAGAAGUUGGCACGCUCCUUCCUCCGAGCCUCCAUUGUUUUGCCUGCCUUGUUGGGAUCUUUCCUUCUAUAAAUACACGCCUCCCUCGCCCAACAGCAAUCCUACAUCGCGCAGUUGCCUGCUUUAUUCGGGGAGAGCGAGGGAGGUAGAGAGAGAGCGCCGGUAGGUGACCAAGAAAAGAAAGCAAGAGAAGGCAGCGGCGAUGGUGGCGCCGCCGCGCGGGACUGGGAGGAAGAAGAGCCAGGGGCGGAAGCCCACCGAGGUGGCCCUCAUUAAGGACCGCGCCCGCCUCAUGGUCACCUUCUCCAAGCGCAAGUCGGGGUUUCUCAAGAAGACCUCGGAGCUUUCUCUCCUCUGCGGCGUGGACGUGGCCGCCAUCAUCUUCUCCCCCACCGGCAAGCCGUCCGCGUUUGGCGACUCCUCCGUCGAUCACGUCCUCCGCCUCUACGUCCCGCUCCCCGCCGGCGACGAGGACGGCCCCGGCUCCGGCUUCCCCGACGAUGCCACCGACGGCGACGAGCGCGGCGCGGUGGAGGCCACGGCGCGGCGGAAGGAGGUGGCCAUGGCGCGCGUGGCCGAGGAGGAGGCGCGGAUGAGCGCCGUCGGAGAGAAGGUGCUCCGGGCCGCCGCGGGACGGGUCUGGUGGGAGGCGGACGUGGAGGCGCUCGGGGCGGAGGAGCUGCACGAGUUCGCCAGGGCGCUCCGCCGGCUCAGGGACAACGUGCGACGCCACGCCGACAAGCUGCCGCCGGCCCAUGCCUCGCAGCCGACGACGCAGCUUCAGUAGAGGAGAGCCUCCUCCGCAAGAUGCGUCUUUUAACUGAUGUUCAUGUUCCUUAGGAUUUAGCGCGAUUGGCCUCGAAUUCAGUUAGCUUCUCUUGAGGUAGUGGCAUGUCAAUUCAGCAGUAAGCUUCACAAUACUAAGUGUAUGGAGGGUAAUUUCUCAUCAGUCUUUUAUUUGGUGUUUUAUUUCCUCGUACGUUUAUGGCAACAUCAGUUCAACUUAA